GUAAUCCCCGUUCCCAUGAUCAGCGCGGAAAGCCCAGUCAGCACUAAGUAAACAACUGUACCCAUGUCGGUGGAGGGGGACGUGUCUGUAGGCUUAGAUAUACACUCUGUUACAUGAACGAUGACACGGACAAAGAGCAGGGGAUUAUAUAGGUGUAAAGAAUGCAGCAAAGAAUUUCAAAGCGAUUUUGCAUUAUUCCAACAUCUUCAGUCAAGAACAAAGCGAUGCACGAACACUGCUUGCUUUUACUGCGGGGACGACGAGAACUCUCCAAUGUUUAGAUUGUCAGAUCACAUGAAGGAACGACAUUCUGUUUUCGAAUGUGCAUUUUGUCGUGAGAAGUUCUUCUUGAGAGCAAAGUUUGAAGAACACAUGAAGAACCGAGAAGGAAUAGUGAACGCAUGGAGCGGUGAUACUUUACCUGGAAUGGGCGAGAGGGAAUCAUUCGACGAAUUGAUAGACCGCCUGAACCCGGACACAGUUGUUUACGAGGAGUGUGAAAGGAUUAAGGAAAAGUUGGAAUGGUUCAUGCGUCACAACACAUCUUACAAGCAAUGCCACAUCACCAUGGCAGGAUCAAUAGCGAAAGAAACACCAUUAAGCAAGGCAGAUGUCGACCUGAUUCUCUUCUUGCAUACGUACUCAACAUUGGAGGAAUUCAUAGACAGCAAAAAGGAGAUCAUAGAACGCAUCAAACGUCAUGUCGAAAAUAGAGACAUAAACUGGGCCCACGGGCUUAGGUUUCAAAGGCGCACACCUUACUCGAUUCAGUUUGAGCUGAGUGUCAGCGGCAGUAGCACGUUAAUGGAUGUGGAUCUGCUACCUGCUGUGCAACUGUUGCCACGUAACACCUAUUCUGAGAGGGAUGCAUUAUACACAAAAAUGAAGUCCAUGUCAGUGAUGGAGAGGAAGCAUUGUGGGCCGUGCCUGUCGGAGCUGCAGGUGCAGUUUGUGAGGAGGGUCCCAGACACGCUGAAGCAAGUCAUCAGGAUAGUCAAAAACUGGAUCAAAAUUGUACGCGAGGAAGAGAGAUGUAGAACAGUCCGAUGUUAUUUCUGUGAGUUAGUGGUCAUUGACUAUUGGCUUAGCGACGACUCUCCUCACCACGAGAUCGAUAUCGAAGACUACGUCAGACAAGUCUUAUAUCGGCUCUGUUUCUGCCAGAGUGUUCGGAUCUUUUGGCCUGAUGAAUACGACUUCCUCAAAUAUAGAGAUGAAGAGAACCAGCCAAUGGUACUGGAUCCAGCAAAUCCCUUUGUAAAUGUUGCUCCCAACAUGAAAGAUGCAUCACGAGUGAGUGAGCGCGCUGUGGAGAUGUUUGAAAGAUAUGGCACUGUCAAACAUCGGCCCUUGCCUCCUAACCAAUACGCAUUUCCAAAUUUGGCUUAUAUUGAGAGUCCUGGUGUGACCUUUCCAAAUUUGGCUCAUACUGAGAGUCCUGCUGCGACCUUGCAAAGACCUGCUGACAUGAGAAUAGAAAUGGGCAAUUUCGGGUUUAAUGAUGUUUCUGCAGGUUGUGUUGUGUUGCCAUCGGAGAAAAUCCCCGUAGGAUCGAGCAAACUUGCCUCGCAACAACCAGGAAACUCCUCAUGCUCCAGGAAAUGCAAGUGUUUGGCUGUGUUGGUGCUGAUACUAGUUGCAAUUGGUUUGGGGAUCAUAAUAUGGAAGAUUAGUGUAUAAAUCUCUACAUUCCAUCGGUCAAAGAUGAACUGUUGAUACCUGAUGCUGACUGUUCCGUCUGAGAAUUGGAACACAAGUCCGGACAUGUAUAGAACUAUGAUGUUGAUUUAUAACCGGAGUUGUUACUUAUCUUAACGUUAUAUGUUUCCAUGGUGAUGCCGACAUGUCAUCAACAUGUACUUUAUCUGUAUUGCAGAUCACUGUGCAUGUUAUAUCUCAUGACUGGUUAACAAGUAUACUACGGUUGUCUUGCUCACAGAGCAACGUUCUGCAAAACACCAUAUGUUUAGCGGAUAGCUAAAUUGCGUUGAUGUUGUGUUGAUGGCUUUUUAAGAACACUUCAUACAUGUCACAGAGUAUCAGCCUGUUGUCAGUGGAAACCAGCGAGAGGCAGGUCGAUGAAACUUAUAACCUGUCAUAUCCUAUGUUUCUUGAAAAGACAGAUUGUCCGGUAUUUUACGCCAGAGUUAGUGGAUCCUGCAAUAGAUAUUGGAAGAAACUCUGCAAACAAAAGUCCUACGUCAUUCCAGGUAUAGCGUGUAAUGCUUUGUGCCGGCAGAUGUCAAAUAUCGCUCUUAUCAGAGCAAGAACAAUCAUUCAUAUCAGUACUUCGGAAUGUAUGGUCAAGUUGUUACUUAAGGAAGAGAAUGUUUAUGGAUGUCAACAUCUUUGUUAUGAGGAACACCACGUUUCGGAGUAUAUGCUUAUGUGUAGUGUUCCUCAUAAUAAAGAAAUUGACAUCCAUACAAAUCUCUCUUCCUUAUAUGUAUUACUUCUAAAUGCCGUUCAAAGACAAGUUCAUACUUACAUGAAACGUCCUUAACCAGCUUCAUAUGGGACCAAAAUCAUUAUAGCUUUAGAUAACACAGUACUUAUGUCAAUAAACAUUGCUGUCAUC